ACAUGUGAGGCUGAGCUCCAGGAAUUAAUGGAACAGAUUGACAUCAUGGUAAGCAACAAAAAAAUGGAUUGGGAAAGAAAAAUGCGGGCUUUGGAGACAAGGUUGGAUCUUCGAGAUCAAGAACUGGCAAAUGCACAAAACUGUUUGGAUCAAAAAGGUCAAGAGGUCGGGUUACUUCGACAGAAGUUGGACAGCCUAGAAAAAUGUAACUACGUAAUGACUCAGAACUAUGAAGGGCAACUUCAAAACCUUAAAUCUCAAUUUUCUAAACUGACAAAUAGCUUUGAAAAGCUGAGAUUGCAUCAAAUGAAACAAUGUGGAACUCAUAAAAAAGAUGAAAUUCCUUUUGAAUUGAGCAACAUAAACCAAAAAUUAGAGGAAUUUAGAGCAAAAUCAAGAGAAUGGGACAAGCAAGAAAUACUAUAUGAGAACCAUCUUGUUUCUGUAGAUGCCCAACAAAAAUUAUUAUCUGAGAAGUGUAAUCAAUUUCAGAAACAGGCACAAAGUUACCAAUCUCAACUAAAUGGGAAGAAGCAGUGCCUGGAAGAUGGCAGUCUUAACAACCCUGAAAUUGCUCGGUUGACCUGCGAACCAGAUAUUAAUAAUGAUACUGUUGAAAGAGAUGAAUUCAUUAUUGAAAAACUGAAGUCAGCUGUGAGUGAAAUAGCAAUAAGCAGGAAUAAAUUACAAGAUGAAAAUCAGAAGCUCCUUCAAGAACUGAAAAUGUACCAAAGACAAUGCCAGACCAUGGAAGCAGGACUUUCAGAGGUGAAAAAUGAAUUACAGUCACGUGAUGAUCUCUUGAGAAUUAUAGAAAUGGAACGACUACAGUUGCAUAGAGAAUUAUUGAAAAUAGGAGAGUACCAAAAUUUUCAAGAUAAUCAAAAAAGGAUUGAGCCAUCCUAUUCACAUAUCAUCAAAGAAUCAGAAAGAAAAAGGAAAGAGCUGUUCCCCUUGACACCUGACCAGGCAAAUCAGGAAAAGGAAUUGAAUAAGAUGAGAAACCAUCUUUAUCCAGAAGAACAGCCCCCCGGUUCUGAAAAUGAAAGAAUGAGGAGUGAAAUCUCUGACCUGACAGAAGAGCUUCAUCAGAAGGAGAUCACUAUAGCAACUGUCAUGAAGAAAGCUGCUCUUCUGGAAAAACAGUUAAAAAUGGAAUUAGAGAUAAAAGAAAAAAUGUUAGCCAAACAACAGUUGUCAGAUAUGAGAUAUAAAGCUGUCAGAUCUGAAAAUACACAUCUGAAAGGAAUGAUGGGAGAUUUGGAGCCUGGAAGAUACCUGAAUGUAGAUUACUGUAACAAGGAACAUGCAAGGUAUACAGCUUCUAUUAACAAAUUGGAGUAUGAGAAUGAAAGACUCCGAAAUGAUCUUGCCAAACUUCAGGCUAAUGGAAAAUUGCCGUGGGUCAAUCCAAAUGCAUAUGAGGACACAGUAAGACAAGCCUAUCAAGCCCAAAUAAAGAUGAAAGAAAAUGAAGAUAGACUUAGCCAAGAAUGUGAACCAAACUUAGGUGUUUUAAGUACAUCAUCACCUAUGGCAUUUCAGUCCCAAUGUAGCAUGUUUCCCGUCAAAGAUAUAGCAAGUCCUUUGGAAAGUGAAGAUGGAGUCUAUCCACUGUCUCCCCCAGAGAUGGCAUUCCCUGCUUCUUUGGCAGCACAGCAUUUUCUUGUGGAAGAAGAGAAACGAGCGAAAGAACUGGAAAAGCUUUUAAAUACACACAUAGAUGAACUUCAAAGACAUACAGAAUAUACUCUCAAUAAAUACACCAGGCUAAAACAAAAUAGACAUAUAUGA